AUGGGAGGACAAUCAUCGACGGACUAUGGCUUGACGAAGGGAGAGUCCAAGCUCUUGGCCAAGGUGGUACAGGCAGCAAAUCGCAGUGAUUGGCAAAGGAUCCGGCAACUUCGCGCAACUAGCAAGGUCCAGAAGACACCAUUUUUCGACGUGGAGAUGAAUGCAGCCCUGGCUUGUGGGCAGUACAAAGCUGGCACCGCAUUGUAUGAGCAGCUCUGCAAGCUUAAGCUGCCAAAAGAAGUUCUCACAUUCAACCUGGCCACGAAGCUCUACGGAAAGGCUGGUAUGUGGGCAUCUGUGCGGCAAGUCUGGAAGGAAGCCAGGAAGUCGUAUCGCACGGAUGAGACGAUGGCCGCUGCUCGUCUCGUCGCAGCAGCGGAUGAGGGGGACAUCCGGACGGCAGCCGACAUCUUGGACGAAAUGGUUAGGAUGGAUCUCGUGGUGGAUGUCGGCCACUUUACAUCUGCACUUCGUGCCUGCGCGACUGCGGAGAACAGUGGCCACCAUGCUGCAGUUUACCUUUUCGACACCUUGCUCAACAUGUCAUUAAGCCCCGAUGCGCGGGUUUUCACAGCGCUCGUGUCUACUUUUACCGGGCGACCGGUGAGCAAGUUCCAGAAACUACGCAGUCAAAUGGAUCAGCUUGGUGUGAAGCGCGACUGGGUUUUCUCUGAUGCUUACUUGAAGGCAUUGCUCGUGGUGCCACAGAAGGACAAGCAAUCCUCUGUCGUGGAACUUGUGGACUUGAUGCGUGGGUUAUCCAAAAAGCGCUUGCGGGAAGCAGCAAGCGCACUAUCCAGUUUCAAGACGUCAAAGGAUGAGUGGUCUGCUUUUUGCGAAGAGAAGUCGUCAAAGACAGCCACGGCAAAGCAGCCGAGGUCGGAGCAGAGCGAUUCGCAUCGAAAGGUCGAGGAGAAGUCCCGAAAUCGCGAAGUCCGUGAAAAGCCCAGGCGAAGCGAGGCCUCCCAGGCAGAGGAGAGGAUGAAGGAGAAGCAGAGGGAGGCCCGAGAGCAGGAGAUGCAGGAGAAGGAGCACGAGCAGGCUAAAACCAGAAAGAAAAAGAAGGGCAGAGAACCGGAGCCCAAGAAUGAGGGCUCCCGGAGAGAUGCUUCAGCGGCAAUGCAGCGAUCGCGCGAGAAGGCGCCUUCCACCGCAACGGAUGAAGCUCAGAGGGAGGGCAGGCGAAAAGAGAAGGCUAGCAGAGACGAUAAGACUCGACGAAAGGAGGAGAAGGAGGCAGCAGAUCGCGAAGCGAGCAGAAGGCAAGAGGAGGCAAGGGCUGCGAAGCAGAAGGAGAAAGAGCGUGACGAGGUGAAGAAGCGCGAGGAGGAGGAACGUCGAGAAAGAGCCCGCAAGGAGGAGGAGCAGCGCCGAAGAGAACAGGAAAAAGAGGAGGAAAGAAGGCGAGAAAAGGAACGUGAAGAAGAGAGGAGACGUGAGAAGGAACGUGAGGAAGAGAAGCAGCGUGAGAAGCAGCGACUAGAGGAAGAACUGAGGCGGGAGCGCGAGCGGCGGGAGCGCGAGCGGCGCGAGCGUGAGGAAGAGAAAAGACGAGAAAAGGAACGUGCCGAGCGGGAAGAACGAGAGGAGAGGGAGAGAAGGCGAGAACAGGAAAGAGAGGAGGAGAGGAGACGAGAAAAGGAAAGGCAGGAGCGAGAGGAAAAGCGCCGCGAGGAGGAGCGGCGAGAGAAGGAGCGCGAACAGAAGAGACGAGAAAAGGAAAGGGAGGAGGAGAGGAGACGUGAGAAGGACCGAGAGGAGGAGAGAAGACGCGAAAAGGAUCGCGAGGAGGAGCGAAGACGGGAGAAGGACCGCGACGACGACAGGCAUCGAGACAGAGAUCGCGAGGAUGAACGGAGACGUGAGUCAGGUCGUGAUGACAGACGCCGAGACAAGGACAGGGAGGAUGAUCGCCGACGAGACAAGGACCGAGAGAACGAGCAUCGACGGGACAGAGAUCGUCAUGAAGAAAGAGACAGGCAUGAAAAGGAUCGCGACAAAGAUCGCGACAAGGACAAGUACCGCGAAAAGGACAGAGGCCGCGAAAGAGAGCGAUCACGCGACCGUGACGACAGAGAGCGAGAACGGGACCGUGACCGCGAAAAGGACACUGGUCGUGACAGGGAUCGCUCCAAGCCAAGGGAAAAAGAACGCUCGAAGCAGCGAGAACGAUCGAGGCCAAGAGACAGGGAAAGAGAUAGGGAUGAUCGCGACAGAAAUCGACAUGACAAUGAAAGAGACACGCGAAACAAAGACCGAGCAAAAGAAAGAGAAAGAGAACGUGAAAGAGACAAAGAUCGGGCCAGGGAAAGGGAGAGAGAAAGAGACCGCGACAGGGAUGCGGAUGAUCGCAGAAAAAAAGACGGCCAGCGCCACGAGAAUGGCAGCAAAAAGGCGCGCUCUGUGACCCCUCUUCCUGGGCGGUGGCGGGCUCACGAGAUGCGGAAGCGGCCCUUCAGACUCAACCGCCCCCAGCUUCGGAUGCUGACGGUGCGGCCUUUCCUCCACCGCUGCCCACUUCAGACCGCAAAGGGGGGCAGUACGACCCCGAGCGGCUUCCGAGCUCCUCGCCGGCUGCUGCCCCAGCGCCACUAA